AUGCGGUUCAACUUUCGCGCAAUCGCACUCUCCAUUGGUGCAGCUGCGUGCCUUAUCCAUGCCGUCGAGGCUAGUGCGGCUACUGAUGCCAUGACGAAUAUCAAAGAUAUGAUUGGUGACUUGGAUUCGGUCAUCUCAAAAUGGAAUGGCAAACCACUCGGCAGUAUCAUCAUUGCGGCCAAAUCACAAAAGAUUAAGAAGCAAGUUGACAAGACUACCCAGAUCUUCCAAGAUAUGGGGAAACGGACAAUACUCGACGAACGCGAGUUGAUCACGGCCGCUGCAGGGGCCUUGAAGAAUCUCGGGCAAGCCACGGCGACUCUAUUACAAGCCAAGGACCAGUUUUUUAAACUGCCAAUGGGUUCAGCCAUAGUAUUUGGCAUUCUCAAAGCCCUGGAGUCGUCAGCCAACAAAAUGACAAAACAAAUCGUCUCGGGGGCACCCUUUGGCUUGGAGGCUGAAGAGAAGGCAAUGCAGAGUCAAGUCGCGGAGGUUUUUAAAAAAACGCUUGCCUCGUUUGAGUAG